UCAUAGGAAAAAAAAAAAAAGAAAGGAAAAUUUGUCCCGACGACAAAGAAAAACACAUUCAGGUCUGUCUCUCUCGCUGAUCUCUCCAUUUUUCUCAAGAGAGAUUGAAAGAGAGAAAGAUACAUAUAUAAUUUCGGUAUAUCUGCAACAGAUUUCCAAAAAUCUACUGCGGAAAUGGGGUCGGCCGAUUCAUAUAUCGGCAGUUUUAUUAGCAUAAUUUCCAAGUCCGAAAUCCGAUACGAGGGCGUCCUCUUCCACAUUGACCCUCACGAGUCCUCCAUUGGCCUCAAAAAUGUAAGAUCUUUUGGAACUGAAGGUCGGAAAAAGGACGGCCCACAAAUCCCUCCAAGUGAAAAAAUUUACGAGUACAUCUACUUUCGUGGAAGUGACAUCAAAGAUUUGCAGGUCUUAUCUUCACCACCUGUUUGUAGUACGCCAGCCAUACCCGAUGAUCCUGCUAUUAUUCAAUUCAAUUACCUGCAGCCACCUCCUACAGCUACAAACUUGCUGCCCACUGGUUCUUGGUCUGUGACAAAUUUUAUUUCCAAUUCACAGAUAGGAAAUCCAAACUCAAGAUUUCAGGGAACUCAGCUGCAGUAUCAACCUGUAGGUAACAUAGGAUCUAAAGGUUUAUCACAUCCAAAUGCCAAUAAUACUGAGCACGUUGUGCCAACUUAUUGGCAACAACUAAAAGAGCCUUCGACAGAUCUGUCUCAUAUGCAAGAACAGUCUUCUCUUCGACCACCACUGGGCCUUGUAGUGUCUCCUUCUGGGCAGCAACAGAUGCCAUAUCCUGAGAGACAUGCAUCUGUAACGAGCAGUGCAUCAAGCUUCCCUGAAAGCCCUAGUCCCUUUAUGCCACCCUUCAAUGCUUGUGGCUCUGUCAACUUAGCAUCAACUCUAUUGUCAUCUUCAGCUUUGUCACAGAACCCUCCUAUUGGUGGUUCUAGUUUGGUUUCUAAUGAACAACAACAUCAGACAACAAACAAUGUACUUACUGUUCUCACCACUGGAAAACUAAGUUCUACCAUGCCAUUAGCAUCUCCAUUGACAUCUGCUUCAGAUGCAAAUAUUACUAUACCUCCAACUAUUGAGAAAAUUAAAUCAGUUAAUGGCUCUACGUCAGUUUCUCAGAGCACACCUACUUCUUUGCCUUUGAUUAUUGGAAUGACUAGCUCAAAUCAGAUUGAGGCGUCAAUGCCUUCCUUAGUGACCCCAUCGCAGUUAUUGCAGUCUGAGCCGGCUAACCUUUCUUCCUCUCAGUCCUUGCAAACAGCUCAAAAAGACAUAGAGGUGGUUCACACAUCAAGAUCGGAAUCUCUUCCAGUGGAUGCAAAAGAUGAUGAUAAGCCAGCUGUUUUACCACUACCAGUAGCAUCCACUAAAAAGUCAAGCCGAGCUCUAGUAAGCACACACCUCCGUAAAGCGGGACAGGAACAAGUGAAGAUAAAUGGGUUGAAUGAUGCUACAUCACGUGCUCAUCAUAGUGGCAAGAGCCACGUGAACAGAUCAAUGAAUAAGUUAAAUGCAGCUGCUUCACAUGAUCACCAUGGUAAUCAUGCACGUGGUGAUAGAAUACAUAUGCGUGGAAGAGUAAAUAUGCAACAUGGAGCCCGUCUGCAUACUCAGCCUGGCAAUAAAGGCCAUGUGCGAGGAGCAAAAAGAUUGAUUAGUGGAGCUGCACCGUACCAGCAUUACAGAAAUCAGGGCCAUGGACGAGGAAGAGCAGAUAUGAUUUCAUCAUCACCGGCAAAAUUUACUGAGGAUUUUGAUUUUGUGGCAAUGAAUGAAAAAUUCAAUAAGGAUGAAGUAUGGGGUGAGCUUGGUAAAAGUAUGAAAACUCAUCUGAAAGACCAACAAAGUCCAAGUGACAGUGAAGGAGGAGGUAUACAACAUGAAGAUGCAGCUGAACAGCUAAAAGUUGAGACAAAGGCUGUUUAUGUUAAAGAUGACUUCUUUGAUUCACUUUCUUGUAAUUCUUCUCUGAAUUGCGAGUCAAAGAAAGGGAGAUUAAGGUUCUCUGAACAAAGGAAACUGGAUACAGAGACAUUUGGUGAUUUUCAAAUGAAGAGGUCCCGUCGAGGUAUCUGGGGACGGGGCCGUGGCUGGUCGCAGGUCUCCAAACUCGGAAGCGCAAAUGGUCAAAUGGGACGGGGAUGGGGACGGGGACGGGGACGGGUGGACGCAGUUUGGAGUCGAGUCACCUAGUCCUUUUGAUGGGAGACUGGGAGUCCUGUUAUCUAAUUAGCUGUAUUCUAUUAUUAUUAUUAUUAUUAUUAGAAAUUAGACAGCAUGUAACAAAUUGAGCUCUCAACUCCCCAGUGAUUAAAAGCCUAGUGCUAGUGCGUACUACUCAAGGACUGAACCAACCCUUUAUGUUAAAUUGCUCUUUUAUAAAAAUAUUCGACGACAUUUAAACUCCUGCA